UUGUAGAUUAAUUUGAUGCGUAUAAUUCAUGCAGCUAGCAUAUCAGGUAGCAAAUUGGAAGUCAUGGAAGAUUUGGAUUCUUCGUCAAAAGAGGAUGGUGGAAUCAUAGCCAAUCACCUAAAACAGAUCAAACAAUGGCUCCUUUCACACUCGCAGUAUCUGAACUUCUUCACAAUUUUGGUUCUUGCUUCGGUGCCCAAUCCUCUAUUUGACCUUGCUGGUAUCAUGUGUGGACAAUUUGGUAUCCCAUUUUGGAAGUUCUUUUCAGCAACAUUGAUUGGGAAGGCGAUUAUCAAAACUCACAUACAGACAGCUUUUGUUAUCUCUGUUUGCAACAAUCAACUUCUCGACCUGAUAGAAAAUGAGUUGAUAUGGGUACUCAGUCUUGUCCCUGGACUCUCUUCUAUCCUGCCUCCUCUCGUUGCCAAACUACAUAUUGUCAAGGAGAAGUAUAUGACAGCCUCUCCUCCUGUUUCCUCGAAUACUAAGAUGAAGAAGUGGGACUUAUCAUUUGCUUCAAUUUGGAACACUGUUGUGUGGCUCAUGCUCAUGAACUUCUUUGUGAAGAUCGUCACAGCAACUGCCCAGAGCUUUCUGAAGGAACAGCAGGAAAAGGAGUUGGCCAAGCUAGCAAACAGUGUGACACUUGAAAACACACAGUAAGCCAUCAGCCAAGCCCUUGACCACGUCCAAUCUGCGACAUUGGAUGGUUAGUGGCAGAAAGUGUCAUUUUUAGAGGCUCCAAAAUUUUUAAUGUUAGUAGCCUCGAUCUCGAUUUCAAUUUGUAGAGAACACAGGUAGGGAUUCAAUAGGAAAAUUGGGGAUUUACAUAUCCUUCGUAGCAAUGCUCUGACUCUUCCACUGGGGCUUGGAAUCUUUCAACAUUGUCAUUCUUCCUGAAUGUAACUCAUUUAUCUGUAUAAUAAUCAUGGAGAACUGUAGUUACACCCCAAAAUGAAAUAUUUAUUUGUUGUGCA